CAAAUAAUGAACAGGUAACUUACACCUGAUGGUAUUAAAUCAACAAUGCGAAGUACUAUAUUACCUAAGAUUGGGAAUAAAUAAUCGAAAUUAGAAUAGCAAUAGAGUAUUUAUUAAAGUUUGGACACAGAGAAGAUGCAAAAGCGAACAAGAAACUUUGAUUUCUCAAAUUUAUAGAGAACAAUUCAGACCAGUUAUUCGAAGAGCAGAUAAAAACAAAGGACAAUACUGUAACCAUUAUCACAUACAAUAAAUCAUCGAAUUUAGACUAAAUAAUAGCUAAACAGGGUAGUAAAUUAAUUGAUUCGAAUAAUGCAAAAUGAUGCUGAAUUUAUGAAUUCAUGUAAGCAUUUACAUGUCAAUUCAUAAAAGUUAUCUUAGCUAUUGUUAAUGUUAACUCCAGUGAAUUUUGAGACAGAUGGAUUUUUCACAAUUCAUCGUAAGUUGAAAUAAUAAUAACAAUUGAAUGAAAACUCUUAUUUUAUUGAAAUAGAUAGAAUGUUUUUUGCUGUUUCUAAAUUGAAUAUUCCUGUACCAAUGUAGCAUUUGAUGUAGUUAUCAUAAUAUAGUGAUUGUCUUUAUUAAGAUAAUACUUUUGGAAUGAUUGUAAAUUACUAGUAAAUGUUGUCUAUUUUAAAAUAGGCUUAUUAAGUUCAUAAAAAUUUAUUAUCUUAAUAAGAAUUAAGCACAACAACUGCAAGUGAUGAUGAAGAACGAUUAUCUCCAUCAGCUAGAAGUAUAAAUAUUAAAUAAUAAUAAAUUAGUUGUUUAGAGAUUGUUAUCACGAAAUACAGCAAGAAAGGUUCAAUUUAAAUAAAAGAGAUUAGGUUAUAUUAAUGAUUAGAAUAUGGUGGCUUAUUAUGAUUCAUUUACAGAUUUAAAAAAGAAAUUAGAAAGAGAUUGGAAUGCUAAAAACUAUAUUUUUGGAUGCAUCAGAUUUGGAUACAUAGAUCUUAUUAAGUAUCCUUAAUAUGUGGAUAAUUAAACAAGGAAGGAAUUAAAGAUAUUUGGGUAAGAAAGAUCAAGAUUGCCAAUAUAUAUGCAGGUUGUAUAUAAGCAUAAAUCUUAAGCAAUGAAUUAAGAGAAGGCAUUGAAUAAAUUGAAUUUAUAUCAUCCAAAGAACAUGUAUUAUGAAUCAUACACAAAGGAUCCUGAUUUCCUAUCUAAAGUUUAUUAUUUGAAUGUAAUGACAAAGUUUUAUUGAUUAGGUAUAUAGUUUAUCUAACAAAUUUAAUUCAAUUAACACUUAUAAAAAUGAUUAGAUAACUGAUAAUCAUAUAAUGCAUAUAGAUGACAUCUGUCUAAAAAGCUUAUAUACAGAAUAGACAGAAAAUAUAACAAAAGAUUAUGCUUUUGAUGAUUAAAAAGGUGGGUUUCAUAUUAGAAAAAAGGAAUAUCGUCCUUUAGAUUUGGAAUAAGCAGAUUCAUCAAGUUCAGAACCAGAUUUAGAUGUUUAUGAUCCACUUUAUGUGAAGAGCAUAUAAUCAUAUCCAUAAUAUUUGAUUGAAACUCAAAUUCAAUCAACAUUUGCACUUCUUUAUAGAUUUUAUUACAAUAAGAUGUCUACGAAUGCAAAAAUCACUCGUGACAAUUACGAAGAGUAAUUAUACAAAAGUAUUAUUAAGAUUAGUUGAUUAAUGUAAGAUAAAACCUGAAUAAUAAUUCAAAGAAAAGUUUGUAAAUGUUCCAAGUGCAGAUAAUUGUAACUAUUAAAGACAUAAAUACAAAUAACCAGAGAUAGUUGAUUAAACAGAUGAAAGUGAUAAUGAAAUGCAUGAGCAACCAUUAGAAGCUUUAGAUAAAUAAGAUUUAUCACUUAGUUUUAAAGUAUAACCUUUAAUAAGAGAAGAAGAUUAGAGAGAACAUACUUAAUAUUUAAAGAGUUAAUCAUCAAUAAUUAUAUAGGAUGAAUAAAAAGUGAAUGAUAAGAUAUAAUUUGCUCAUAAUGUUGCUAGUCCAUUUAUUUGUUUAUAAUGUAUUUUACUUCUUAAAUUAGAUAUUAGAUUCUUAUGCACUAUUAUUAUAGUUAAGAUUUCCAUUAUAAAUUCAUAUGCAGAAUAUUCCAUCAAUAGUUGAACGUGAUCUACCAUUAAAAGAAGUCAAUAUAGAAGCUAGUACUAUUAUUAUUGAUAAUACACUUACUAUUGAUUAAGGAAUCAAAGAUUUAGAAUCAUAUCCUUUAAUUGACAUUGAUUCUGAAGAAGAACCUAGUUUUGACGAAAUGCCAUUAGAAAUUGAUUUACCUGAAUAAGUAGAAUAAUAGACAAUUGAAUAAAAAAAUGAUGAUGAUGAAGAAAUUACUAUUGAUAAAGUUACUGAAUAUGUUGAUUUAGAAAUUAAAGAAACAUUAGUCAUUGAAGUUAAAAAUGAUUUUGUUAGUAAACUUAUUAUUGAUGGAUAUCCUAUCUAUUUUUAUUUAGAAGAACAUCUUCGAAAAACAGAACCUAUUAUUCAUAAAGUUACAAUGGAAGGAAAAGAAAUAUAAUCUAUUUAAAUAAGUUGUGAAUAGAAAGGAUCCAAAAUAUAUAUGAAAUUAUUUGCAAUCAAAGCUUUAUGUGAUUAAAGAUUAGAAACUAAUAUUGAAAAAAAAUAAAAUUUUGAAGAAGAAGAUAAAUAAAUCAAUAUUUAUGAACCAAUAUCAUUACCUGAACAAUGGAAUCUAGGUUAAUUUGUUAUUAAUUUAUAUUAUUUAUAAAGGGAAGAUAUUAAUCAAAAUGUUGAAUGGCUCAAAAAAGUUCUAUCUACUUAUUUUCCCUCUAUUAUAAUUGUAGAAGAAUACAGUGAAUCAUUUGAAGCUUAUAUAUAUGGAGUUGGUCCUAAAGAUUUUAGAGAUGCUAAUGGAAGAAGUCUACUCUUUAGAAAAGAAACUGAAGAUUGGUAAUAUUUAAUUUAUCAUUAUUUUAGGUCAUAAUUUAAUUAAGAAUUCUAAUUCAAGACUCUAUUAAUCUAUGAUACCAUCUGUUACUUAAUUAGUCUCUAUGGAUCUAUUGAUUAAUUAAGCUUUGUUCAAAAUAAAUACAUUUCUGAAAAUCACUCUAAACAUACCAAAUCUAAAUUUGAAAAACUUCAUUUGCAUCCAUACAAAUAUGUCGAAAAUGUAGAAAGAGAACGAAUCAGACCAACAACAGGUUAUAGCAAAGCUGGACCAAGAAGAUAAAAUUAUUGA